AAAAAUCCGCAAAACUGAAUUGGACUUCCAACGCCCAUGCUCCUUCUCCUCCCCCAACGAUUCCGCCAUUUGCUCUAACCUCACCAGUCACCACCACCAUCGUAUUGGCCUUCAUUUUCCUCAAUUGGCAUGGCUUCCUUGCUCGAAAGCUUCGCCGGACCCCGGGCCUUCGCUCCUCCAUCCGCGUCUUUGCCUCCUGUCGCCGUUUCUGGCCGAAGAUCCGUCAAGUUCUCCGAUUAUAAUGGCCUUAAGAUCCAACCUGCCCGGUCAACCGCCAGGAUGAGCUCGAGAUCCAGAUAUGCCAGCCGUGGGGGUCGAAUCGUCUGCGAAGCACAAGAAACUGCCGUAGAAGUAUCUGCUGUCGGCGAUUCAACUUGGCAGUCUCUUGUGCUUGAGUGUAAUACUACAGUUCUGGUUGAGUUUUGGGCUCCUUGGUGUGGACCAUGCCGCAUGAUCCACCCUAUCAUCGAUAAACUCGCAAAGCAAUAUGCCGGAAAGCUCAAAUGCUACAAGCUCAACACUGAUGAGAACCCUUUAAUGGCAACAACGUAUGGAGUACGUAGCAUUCCUACAGUAAUAAUAUUCAAGAAUGGGGAGAAGAAAGAAGCUGUGAUCGGUGCAGUUCCAGAGUCUACAUUAACAACCAGCAUAGAGAAAUUCCUGUAAGUGUAUAAAUUGUUUCUUCAGGGCCAGGGCAAAGAAAAUGGGUUAAAUUUAAAUAAACCUUAUGAUGAACUUUUAGUGUGCCAUGUAUAGACAGACUAUGGCACUUGAUGAAAUGCAGUAAUUGUUUUCACAGUAAUGUUAAUCAUCAAAUUGUUUACCCUUUUUAUUUGACCA